UACGAAACGCAUAUCUUUGAAAAAGAUACAUAUGAAUAGAUGUAUACAGAGCACUCCCCUAUAGCUUUUCUCGAAAAGGCAGAGCUAACUGUUCAACUCACUUUCUCUUUGUUUCUUCUUCCUCAGCUGCUCCUGCUACUUUCUUUUAUCUCUCAAACCCCAUCAAAAACUUGAUUUUUGUUUGCUAAUCUCAAGUUAUUAGCCAAAUUUGAGUUCAGCUCUUCAGUUUUCAGCCCAUGGAGUUUCUGAAAAUUUGAACUUUUUAGCUGGGUUUUGAAAUUUGUAAGCUUUUGUAUGAGUUGGGUUUUUGUAUUAAAGGGGUUUUCUGUUUGUUUCCUGAGAAAAUAAAAGAAAAUAAAGGCAGAAAAAAGCUGGGUUUCGUAGUCGAGGGGUUUUCUGUUUGUUUCCUGAGAAAAUAAGGAGAUUAAAAGGUUGGGUUUUUCUUGGAGCAGCCUAAGAUGGUUCGUGUGCAGUGGGAGAUACGCAUGCAGUUGUUGAUUGGGUUGAUGCUGAUUCUCACUGUGCCAGCUUCUGUUGCACUGACUGAUCCUCAAGAUGUUAUCGCAAUGAAUAGUUUAUUCGUUGCUCUAGGCUACCCUCCUCUUCCAGGGUGGCUUCUUGUUGGAGGAGACCCAUGUGGGGAUAACUGGCAAGGUGUUGGCUGCGUCUUCUCAAACAUAACAUCACUAAAUCUUAAUGGAGCCAACUUGGGAGGACAGUUGGGUGAUAGUUUGGCACUUUUCGGGUCCAUCAUAGAAAUAGAUUUCAGCAAUAACCAUAUUGGAGGGAGUAUUCCAACAUCUUUUCCCCUGACCGUCAGGAACGUUUCACUAUCAAAUAAUCAGUUCAAUGGAAGCAUCCCAGGCGGCGGUUUGUCAUCAUCAGCGCAGUUGUUGGAAUUGUCGUUAGACAAUAACCAUCUUAGUGGAGAAAUACCAGAUGCCUUUCAACCGCUCACCGUUUUGAAUAGAUUGGAUCUGUCUGGCAAUAAUUUAAGUGGUCAAUUGUGCCCCUCAUUGGCAAAUUUGUCAUCUCUUUCCACAUUGAACUUACAGAACAAUAACCUGGUUGGAACCCUUGAUGUGUUACAGGAUCUUCCCCUACAGGAUUUGAACAUUGAAAACAAUUUAUUCUCUGGGCCAAUACCUCCAAAGUUGCUUGGCAUUCCUAAUUUCAGAAAAGAUGGAAAUCCUUUCAAUACUACUAUUAUUCCAUCGCCUCUAUCACCAGCACCUUCGUUCGUAGCCGGGGAACCUACUUCUUCUCAACUACCUCGGCAACAGGCUAAUGGUCCUUCUUCGUCAGCAAUGCUAACUACUGCUAGAACUAGGAAAUUUUUUACAACUAAGACGGUGAUGUGGAUUGCUAUUGGGGGGAUUCUAGUAGUUAUUGUACUAAUUUUAUGUGUUCUAGUAAGAUGUUUCAAAGGAAGGAGACGGAGCAAGGAAGAAAAGAAGCAUGAGAUUAGUGCAUAUAAGAUCCCUAAAGUGAAUAAGAAUUACAGUGAAUCGUCACUUCAGGAAGGUGGUCAAAUGGAGAAAGUCCCAAAAGAGGCAGUUAUGAAACCAUUGGAUGACUAUGGAGUGGACAGCAACAGAGUGGUUGCAGUUCCAAAGCCACAAAAAGAAAAAAAUAUAGAGGUGGAAAGUUCUGCAGAAAGUUCGAUGUAUAAGAGGGAUCAUUCAAUUGACAUGACAGACGUGAGUGCAGAAUUUUUGCCACGACCACCCCCUCCCCCAUUUUUCCUUGCCAACAAGGACACUGCAAAUUUGGUUGGCCCUGCUAGAGUAACUACAAGCAGGAUUCCCAUGAAAUCGCUGGACCUAAGCUCUGUACAAGUGUUUACUGUUGGAUCACUUCAGCAGUAUACUAAUAGCUUCUCUGAAGAAAAUUAUAUUGGAGCAGGCAUGCUUGGCAGUGUUUAUAGGAUUACGCUUCCUGACCAAAAGAUUUUGGCUGUCAAGAAACUGGACAGUACAGCAUGCACACAGCAGAGCGAUGAGGAAUUUCUUGAUUUAGUGUCUAAUAUCUCUAAAGCAAAACAUGCUAAUAUCGUGAAACUAAUGGGUUACUGUGCUGAGCAUGGCCAACGGCUACUUGUGUAUGAGUAUUGCAGAAACGGGACUCUCCAUGAUGCACUGCAUACUGAUGAUGAAAUCCAUCAUAAGCUUACAUGGAGUGUGCGCAUCCGCAUUGCACUUGGAGCUGCAAGAGCUCUUGAGUAUUUGCAUGAGGCCUGUCAGCCACCCAUUGUGCACCAUAAUUUCAGGUCUGCCAAUCUUCUCCUUGAUGAGGAGCUUGAAGUACGUGUCUCGGACUGUGGUUUAGCUCCUCUGAUAUUGUCUCCCUCGAUGUCUGGGCACCUCCUCACUACUUAUGGUUCUGCUGCCCCGGAAUUUGACUCAGGAAGUUAUACUCACCAAAGUGAUGUCUACAGCUUUGGGGUUGUAAUGUUGGAGCUCCUUACAGGGAGGAAGGCCUAUGACAGGUCACGGCCUCGUGGGGAGCAAUAUUUGGUUAGAUGGGCAGUUCCGAAGCUUCAUGACAUUGAUGCAUUAUCAAGGAUGGUUGAUCCCUCUCUAAAUGGAGGAUAUACAAUGAAGUCUUUAUCCCGUUUUGCCGAUAUCAUUUCCUCCUGCGUACAAAGGGAGCCAGAAUUCCGGCCACGAAUAUCUGAAAUUGUCCAGGAACUCCUACAAAUGGUUUAAUCAGAGCCUCCAACCUCCAGCAAUCAAUCAAAUGAGGAUAAAUUCUUAAUCGGAAAACGUUUCAAGUCAGGUGGUGAGCUUGCCCGAGUUGCAAGUUAGGUCUGAAAGGGACUUUGGAGUUGUGUGACGGGUGAAGCAGCAGCAGCAUACUUUAGACCUCUUUUGACAUAAGUUAGUGUACUCAUUUGUUUUCUCUUAUCAAUGGGAAUGUACUGCUAAUGUAAUUUAUUUAUUUAUUUAUUUAUUUUUAACAA